UCUUUCUCUCUCUCUCUCUCUCUCUCUUUCUCUCUCUCUCUUUCUCUCUUUCUCUUCCUUCCUCCCUCGAAGUAGUUCACACAGUCGAAAUAUUAUGGGAUUAUCGGUAAAAGAGAAAUAAGAGAGAGAGAGGGGAAAAACGAAGAAGAAAAAAGGAAAAGGAAAGUUAAAGUACAUUUUUUUUUCAACUGGUGCACGUACUUGGAGUUUCUUGGAUUAUUAUCGUUAAGAGUGAGAAAGAAAGAGAAAGAGAGAGAGAGAGAGAAAGAGAAAGAGAGAAAGAGAAAGAGAGAGAGAGAGAGAAACUCUCUAUUUCUAUCUUUCUAACGAUUUCUGAGAAAUUCUUCGAAUCGAGAUGUGAGAAAAUCUAAAGUAAGAUCUAUUAGAAUCGACGUUGUCUAUACGAUCUCGAUUUUAAAUAUAUUAGGAAGAUCGAAAAUGUGCGAGUGCGGUGAGGAGUGUGCCGAGGACACGAAGAAUUCACGGCUUGUGAUGUUACGAGGUGAUCUGUGAAUCGUUAAGUGUACACGCUAGAAAGCGUGUCACUUUUUUACUUUCAUCAUCGUCAUUCGCGUUGUCGUUGUCAACGUUGUCGGCGAAAAUUCUCGGAGAAAUUGUGAGCCCAACGCCUGAGAUGGCCACCCUCGGCCUCUCGAAGGUCUUCAUACUGGACAAGUACUUUACGGAGCUGCAGAAGUUCUGGGAGACAGAGAAGAAGCUUCAAGAUGCCUCGUCCUCGAACGAAGCUGUACACCUACAGCAACGUCUGAGGAGCCUGAGCACGGAACUGGUGACCCUGAGGAACCGGCUACACGUAAGCCAACCUCCAAACGGUGGUUCAGUGCCGUCACCAGGAACACAAGGUGCCCUGUCGAAAAGUCCAGAGAAGGGUAAUUCUCUUGUUACUGGUGUUACUGCUGGUGUUGGUACUAAUACCGGUAGCAGUGGUACUGGUAAUGGUAAUGGUACUGGUAAUGGUGCACCUUCCUCACCAGCACCAGCCGUACCACCAAGGACCAGCUUACCACCUGCAUCCACGGUAUCCCAUGGAAUCGGCCAUCCGACUGGUCACUCGUCCAACCAUUCCACCAGUCACACGCUCACGGCAUCCGCGAUCGUUCAUCCUCACGUCAAUCACGCCUCUGCGAACACGCUCGGCCACAACUCCACUGUCGCGAAUAAUUUCAUAUCUGAUUUAGAUCCAACGAAGCGGCACAACGGCGUGUCGGACGAUGGUAUAGUAUCUUGUGUGACAGCCCUUGGUUGCCUACGAUCACCUCCAAUCUCCAGUAUUAUCGCCGACGUGAAGAACGCUAAGAGUAAUCAAGGCCAGCAUCGAUGUCUCCCGAAAGCAACCACACCAGCCAGUACUGGUCCUGCGACCUCUACGGCCUUGGACGAUCUCAUUCAUUUACCUGGACCUCUCACGGAGGAUGCGGUACUCAAAUGCCUUCAAGCUCGUUUUUGUGCUAAACAGUAUCACACGAAUGUGGGGCCUAUCUUGGUCAGUAUCAAUCCUUACACGGAUGUUGGGAAUCCACUGACCUUGACGAGUACCAGGGCCGUACCAUUGGCACCCCAAUUGAACAGGGUCGUCCAGGAAGCUGUAAGACAACAAUCAGAGACUGGUUAUCCACAAGCGAUUAUACUUUCUGGAACAAGCGGAUCCGGGAAAACGUAUGCCUCGAUGUUAUUACUUCGGCAACUUUUCGACGUAGCUGGCGGUGGCCCGGAAACAGACGCUUUUAAACAUCUGGCAGCUGCAUUCACGGUUCUUAGAUCUUUGGGAUCUGCUAAAACUGCCACGAACUCGGAAAGUUCAAGAAUAGGUCACUUCAUCGAGGUACAAGUUACCGACGGAGCUUUGUACAGAACAAAAAUUCAUUGUUAUUUCUUGGAUCAAACGAGAGUGAUCCGACCAUUACCAGAUGAGAAAAAUUAUCAUAUAUUCUAUCAGAUGUUAGCUGGUUUGUCUCAUGAGGAGAGAGUGAAACUCAAUUUGGAAGGAUAUAAUCUGAAAAAUUUGAGGUACCUACAAAAUGGCGAUACUAGACAGGACGAGGCAGAAGAUGCGAUAAGAUUUCAAGCUUGGAAAGCUUGUUUGGGUGUUCUCGGUAUACCUUUCCUCGACGUUGUAAGAGUAUUAGCUGCUGUUUUGAUUCUUGGUAACGUAGGAUUCACGGAUGGGCCUGGUGUUGAGGUUGGUGUAAUCGGAGAAAAUGAACUCGCUUCGGUGGCCGCACUUUUGGGGGUUCCGCCACCUGCACUUCUCAGAGGUCUUACAUCGAGGACCCACAAUGCCCGAGGACAAUUGGUUAAGUCGGUCUGCGAUGCAAACAUGUCCAACAUGACGAGAGAUUCCUUGGCCAAAGCUCUUUAUUGUCGUACCGUAGCAACUAUAGUCAGAAGAGCUAACAGUUUAAAAAGAUUAGGAUCGACGCUUGGAACUCUUUCGUCUGAUUCCAACGAGUCUGUUCAUAAUCAAGCUGAAGUCACCAGUCAACAUGCUUCUACUAUUGGCAGUUCUGCAGGUGGUACUGGUUCAAGGAGCAUGACAGCUUUGAACAAUGCCGUGAGACAUGCGACAGAUGGUUUUAUAGGAAUCUUAGACAUGUUUGGAUUCGAAGAUCCGAAACCGAGUCAAUUGGAACACCUCUGUAUAAAUUUGUGUGCUGAGACUAUGCAACAUUUUUAUAACACGCACAUUUUUAAGAGUUCCAUCGAAAGUUGCCGUGACGAAGGUAUAAGGUGUGACGUUGAGGUGGAUUAUGUUGACAAUGUACCUUGUAUCGAUCUCAUUUCUUCUUUGCGUACCGGUUUACUCAGCAUGUUGGACGUCGAAUGUUCGAUACGUGGUACUGCGGAGAGUUACGUAGCUAAGGUGAAAGUUCAGCACAAACAAAAUCUUCGACUAUUCGAACCUAGACCAGUAGAUUGCAGAUCUUUCGGUAUUCAACAUUUUGCUGGCAGAGUCACGUACGAUGCAUCAGAUUUUUUGGACACCAACAAAGAUGUUGUGCCUGAUGAUUUGGUGGCUGUCUUUUAUAAACACACUUGCAGCUUUGGUUUCGCUACCCAUUUGUUUGGCAGUGAAUUAAAAGCUUUGUACGCAAACGAUACUGUUCCAAGAGGUGUUAGCUUUAGGAUAUCACCGACUUCUCAUACGGAUCUUUUAAACGGCGAUGAACCGAUCUCAACGCUAACGCAAGACUUUCAUACGAGAUUGGACAAUCUGUUAAGAACUCUGGUCCAUGCUAGGCCACAUUUUGUUAGAUGCAUCAGAAGCAAUGGAACUGAAACUCCUAUGCAUUUGGAUCGAGGUGUUGCGAUGAGGCAAAUACGUUCCCUGCAGGUUUUAGAGACUGUUAAUUUAAUGGCUGGCGGUUACCCGCAUAGGAUGCGAUUCAAGGCGUUUAAUGCGAGGUAUAGAUUGAUCGCACCUUUCAAACAAUUACGACGAGCUGAGGAACAAGCUGUCGAGGAUACAAAACUUAUUUUACAAAAUGCACAACAAUUGAAAAAUAAAUUUGGAGCUAGUACGAGUUGGGCACUUGGAAAGAGACACAUUUUCCUUAGCGAGGGCAUUCGUCAACAGUUAGAAUGUUUGCGUUCGGAGACAAGAAGGAAAGCUGCCACUGUGAUACAGGCUACGUGGAGGGGAUGGAGAGUUCGAAGGAGAUGGCCAUUAAGAAGAACGACGAUGUGUGUAUCAACGGUUAUUGGUCAGAAGAAACUACAACAGACGACGACAACUGGUAAUACUGGAACUGUUCAAAGAAAUGUUACAACGGGAACAGGAACCGGAACUGGUACUCGUCCUAGACCACAACCAAUCGCUGGUACACCACCACCAGAUCCUUCGGAAAAAUGUGCCGAUCAAAAAAUGAUUCAACAAACUUGUACAUUAUUUGGCCUUGAUCUGGAACGUCCACCACCGGUACCACCAAGUAGAUCAUACACCGUAACAGGUAAUACGAAAUUAGGAUAUCCGCAAACAAGGAUCAUGAAGAUGCCUUUUCCAGAAGAAGGGGAAGGAGAAGUAGUAUUAUUGAAAGGUGAAACAGUGUUAGUCAUUGGAGCAUCUCCGAGGCGAGGACAUCUCUUAGUAGAACACAACAAUACUACGUUACAUGUGCCUUAUCAAUUCAUGGAGCUUAAACCUUGCAACAUUAACGUAUAAUAAUUUAUUGCGUUUAUAAUUUUCAACACCGACUAUAUAUAUAUAUUUUUCUAAACUAAUAUUUGAACAAUUCGUAUGGAGCUGAAACCUUGCUACAUGCCAACAACUAGAAAAAAUAGAAGAAAGGAAAAAACAGAAGAAAAUAAGAAAAACAGAAAAAAAAUACACAGAAAGAAAGAAAAUUCAAUCGUAAUAAUAUAUCACUAUGCCCUGUACAUGUACCAUAUUCGAUUAAGGCCUCUUUCGGAUUACUAUAGAAUAUAUUACAUACGAUUAGUGCCACUUGAUUAGACUUUAAUCGACUUUUAGUUUUUAUUAUCGAUAUUAGCUCCUAAGUAAUAAGAUAUCUUAGCUUUGUAUAUUAGCUUAUACACUGAUUCAUCAAAGAUUCUAAUAAAAAAGUUUUAAUAAUUAAUAAAGCCGUUAGAAACGUAUGAAGAAAAUUGUAUGUAAAUACUAUAAAGAGAUUAUUUGUGAUCGGUGUGUGUUACUUACGUAUGAUUUACGAAUGAAGGAUAUACGUAUUCAUAGCUUGUGUAAUUACUUAUAACGAGAUAAUAAAAACUAAUGAAAAAUAUAAUUAACCU